AUGAAGUUUCUUCUUGUGAUCGCUAUUCUCGCUCUCUGGAUUCAAGCCACUGAAUCCACCACCUGCUUCGUGCAGAACAGCAUUCCAAGUGUCUUCACCCAGGUCUGUCCAGGAAACAUCUACACCUGCAUGAAGUUCGACUGCCGGGUUAACAACCCAAAGAAGUUCAAGCAGACCACCAAGGGUUGCAAUGACCCAGGAAACCCACAGGUCGCUUGCACACAACUUAUGACCCAAUGCCAAGCUCAAGGUGGAACCGGACAGUGCUACACCUGCAACGGCGACUACUGUAACUCCACUACAACCACGUUCGCUGCUCUUCUCUCCAUUUCUAUUCCGGCGAUCUCCUUCUUCUUGCUCCACUAA